CUUACCAAUUGUAGUCAUGACAAGCCCCCCUGGUCGCCCUCUAACACCCAAAGGCACAAUCUUAUGACUACUGGUUGGUCUUCAGAGUUCAGAGUCCAAGGCUACCUCCCCAACCCCACACUUGAUAACUUUACAUCCCGAGCGCCGACAACUCAAGCCACGGCAGCCAGGAAACAGACCUAUCGCCUUCUAAGCCGACACCCCUGGCUGUGUCGUCUUGCAAGACUUCGGGCAUUUGAUUGACACGGCCAGCCAACACCAGUUCAUGCAACUGCAGCCAGCCAAUCGCGGAACCACGACUUCAUCCAACCCGCCACCAUCAUCAUGGCUUCUCAGCUUCCUGCAGUGCCUCGGGCCAUCUUCACCCUGAUUGAGCCAAUAUCACUGCUGGCUGGCUGCUUCGGCGCCCUGAUCGACCCAGAGUGGUUCAUCAAGCAACAGAUCCCGGCCAGCACCACGAUCGCUUCCAAGCUGGGAAGCAUCGCUGCCUCGCCGGCGGAAUCGGAUAGCGCACGCCUGGUCGCCUUGCAGCUUGGCAACACCUACGGCCUCGUAUUCCUCAUCGGUGUGGGCGUCCUAUACUCGACCAGCGAGAUCAAAGUCGUCAGGGCAUAUCUGACAGCCUGCCUCAUUGCCGACGUCACCCAUGUCGGCCUCACAUGCUGGGGCCUCGGCUACGACCGCACCAUGGACUUUGCCAGCUGGAGCGCGACUACCUGGGGAAACAUUGCGUUCACUAUCUUUCUCGGCCUCACCAGGACGGCUUAUUUUCUGGGGUUAUUUGGACCCAACGGGUCGUCGUCGACGCGCACGCCGCUCGCGUUAGUAUCAAGCUCGCGCAAAAGUGUCGCCGGCUCCACGAAAAAGACUGCCUAGGAAGCAAGCCUACAUGAUAGUUGGUCACAAACAAUACGAGCGCCAGAACAAGUCUUCACAGCACACACUGACGAUACCAAGACGUCUUGGCUGAGUUGUGUUCGCUCCUGGCAUGAUACGCAUGUUGACACAGUCGAGAGGGAAAAAAGGCAAA